CAGGACCCCCCGCGCGCAGCCGACCCUUGACCAUCAGCCCAGCACGGACGACCUGAGCCACCUGUCCAUCCGGGACCCGUCGCAGCUGGUGGUGGGCGUCCCCAACACGGCGCUCACCACCACCUGGCGCCACCACCCCAACGCCCUCGUCUCCUCCAGCGUGCAGUACGUGGCGCAGUACCUGGGCUCGACGCACGUGAAGGAGCUAAAGGGCACGGAGUCGACCAUGAAGUCCAUCCAGAAGCUGAAGAAGUCGACGGCGGAGGGCGCCAAGGUCCCCAAGAUCGUGCUGUCGGUGUCCUACCGGGGCGUCAAGUUCAUCGACGCGCAGACGCAGGCGCUGGUGUGCGAGCACGAGAUCCGCAACAUCCACUGCGCGUGCCAGGACGCCGACGACCUCUCGCACUUCGCCUACAUCACCAAAGACCUAGAAACCAAAGGACACUACUGCCACGUCUUCAGAGUACAAUCCAGGGAGCUGGCCACCGAGAUCAUCCUGACCCUGGGCGAGGCGUUCGAGGUGGCCUACCAGCUGGCCCUCAGGGAGCAGCCCUACGCCAACCAGUCGGACGAACAGAAGCUCGCCCACGGCCACACCAGGUCCAAGUCAGAGCACCUGCGCGGCAACAAGUCCCUCUCGAACGGGUCUUCGCACACGAGAUCACAUUCCACGGUGCCCCAACAGAUGUCAGUGAGCGGGGUGUCGAGCAGUUCCGCCGAGAACCUGCUCUCCGACUCAGGCAACGGCUCCGAGAAGGAAAACGGAUCCAGGAGGGACUCGUUAAGCUCAAGCCAGACUCAGAUGAAUGGGUCGUAGGUCGUUCUCGAUAGGAGGAGGACGCCGGCCAGUCAGUCAGUUAGUCAGUCAGUCGAGUCAGUCAGUCAUUCAGUCAGUCAGUCAGUCAGUCAGUGCUCGCAGUCGCCCCAGCCUUCGAUAUUUUGUGCAACUUUUGAGAUUAACUGUCAGGGUUUCGAUCUGCUCAAAGGUGCCCGGAGUGGAUGGUCGCGAGGAAGCAUCUUAGUGACUCACGCAGAGGCUACGCGGUUGGUUUAGAGUAACGAAAUGAAGACAUUCCUGUAUCAUAUACACAUUUGUUUAAUCAGUAUAGUGUUCUUCUUUGUGCAUGGAUUAGCAGUUUCUGCAACACAGUUUUCAACCAACCCCUGUAUCAUCUUUAUAGAGAAAUUUGUUUUAUACAUGCCCUUAUAUCUUGUUACUGAGCUACAGUGUAAGGCCAAGAGACUUCAGGUAAACCCUUUUGGAGUAGCCAGUCUGUGACUCUUGUUUAAAGUAUAUGCCAUUCUCUUAUCAUUUUUGUGAAACCUUUUUAAGAUUUGGGAAAGUUGAAAAGUUCCAUACAAUCCUGGUGUAUUUAAAGUGCUCGGACUCUGUUUUUAACAAAAAUGUGCUCCAGUUUUACUUGUCGAUAUCGUAUUGAGAGUGUAUAGACAGCCACGGCAGGAUUGUUCGGGAAGCCUCAUGCCUCUAUACGUGAAAAGAACAAGUAGACUUACUUGUAAAGGAAACCCAAGAACAAGAAGUAUGACAACGAGUAGUGUGGAGUCAUGUCGUGUCAUGCAUCAGGAGUAUAACAAACAACUCCACUGUCUGGUCUGAAAUGUGUCAACCAGGCCUGUGGAAUUACCGACGCGUGGAACACAAUAUUGGUGAAACAAUCUGUAUGAAAUAAAGGUUGGGGAAAAUACAUUCGGAAACAUGUAUCCCAAGAACCCUCCCAAGGAACAGAGAGAGAGAGAUUAAAGCGAUCUUAGAAGAUGUUGCAGAGAAAGAGAGAUAUUCGCGCGAUCAUCAUGAGAGCACACGAAAUAGCAGCCUUGUACUGAAGCCUUGGUGAGAAGACGCCGCGCUGACCCAAGCUUCAGAGCCAGUGACUGAAACGGCACAUUGUAUGAGGCUUUAAGGAUUGUCAGGAUGUCAUUGGCCCUUUCAAGCCUGCACAAGUUGUCUUUCACAGAGUGUCAAAUAUUUAUAUGUUCAUUGUUAAUUGAAAUCGAGAAGUGAUGUGAUUGAAGUGUGAUGGUCUUGUACUAGGAUGUUUUAAGGUAUAUAUUCUUUUUUUUUCAUUGACCAUGUCUAAUUAUGUGAGUUAGUAACACGUUGUAUGUUCAUUCCAUUAUAUUUUGUGUGUUUUUUUUUUCUUCUCUCUGUUUGUCAGUCAUUUAGGAAUGCUCUGGCGACCCCAAUUGUAGAAUGCCAGUCAGUUUGUUGACCUUUUUUUGUAUAUAAGUAUUGUUUGUUUUCUCGUCAGUUUUGCCAUAAAGAUAUUUAUCUUGUGUUAUGUUAUCGACAUUUUUUUCUCUAGUACUCUUUGGCAUCCGAGCAUGGUUCUUCAAUACUUCCUCAGGUUCUGAGUUUGAAUAAUGUACUAAAUAUUUCUUUAGUAUAGCAAAUGCAAAUAUGGUGUACAUAGAGAGUGGUAUUUGUGUGUGUAUGUUGCGUGAGAUUUAUGUAUGAGACACAGAGAGAUUUAGAGAAAGGAAGAGACUGGUGUGUGUGUGUUGAGUGUGUGUGUGUCAGUACUUUUGUUGUACAUGUUUAUGCGCAUGUGCAUGUGUAUUCAGAUUAUAGGAUAUAAGCUUGUAUUGACAAAUGGUUCUGCCUGAAGUGGCACUAUGUAGGCAGUGUAAUGAGAACAGACCACGUACAUAGAAUUUACUAUACUUUAGUAUAAAGAAUAGUAUAAAGAAAUGUAUUAGUUUUAAAUAAUCAAUUUAUCUUCUCAUUGUGAUCAUAGGCCUAUAAACGGUAAAUAAUAGGUAACCUCUAAGGGCAUGUAAGUGAUAAUAGAAUAAAGGAAUUUAAACACCCAUCUUCAGUUUGGGUUUGAGAAGAGGGAGAAGAGGAAGAAAGAGAAAACGAAAAAUAAGAGAUAUCCAGGAAGGAAAAAAGAGUAUUUUAUGUCACGCCUUUUGACGGUGCUUGGUGGCUGAGCACAUAUAACUGCACAUAUAGGUUGUUUGCACCGUUGCUAUUAGUACAUGUUUACAAUGUUGCAUGAGAGUAAUUCCGCCAUAGCCUGUUCUCUCCUUUUCGAAUAUUAUAUUGAGUUUUUUUUUAUUUUUUUUUCUGUUUUUUUAUAUAUAAAGCUUUGCUGCUUUUAACCUGUUUAUAAUUGGCCAUGGGAAGUCAGUGAAUGUUUUUAAGAAUAUUUAAAUGUUUCGUCUUUGUGAGGUAUAAACACUUGUUAUUUGAAGAUAUUUCUCAAAACUUAUGAAAAUCGUAAAAAAAAAAAAUAACACAAAAAUUCGUAAAUGAACGUAUAUUAUUUCAAAGAGCAAAUAUUCAUUCAUAGAAACUCACCGCGUUGGGUCUGACAGUAUUUAAUUUUCUCAUAAAUACUGUCCUGAUCGAAUAUU